AGAUUUAGACUCUUAUGAAUAUUUAAUCCCAUUGUUUUCCUUCAUUUUCUUUUACAACGGUAAAUACGGUGAGAAAAAUCUUCCGUUCAUCCGUUAAUCGCAGCUGGUCUCAUCAUUUGAAAUCCAGAACAACCGAGUUAGAAUUGUGUUUUCGGUUUCCCACAGCAGUAAUUAACCAUCGUGAAGCGGUACUAUCAGUGAGAUGGAUGAUCUUUUCGGUAAGAAGAAAGAGGUGGUUCCCAUACUUGACCUCUCCCGGUCGACAGCAAUGUCACGAGAGGAGUUCAAAAAAAUGUACGAAAAAGUUCCGGAUUACAAAAUGCGCCCGAUCAAGGUGCGACCAGAGGAAAUCCGAUUCAAGGAAAAGGAUGUUAGCUAUAAAAUGCCCAAGAAGGAGAUGAGAAUGCUGAUUAAAAACGGCGGGGAGAGGGACAAGCUCUAUUCGUACAUGGAUCCGAUUCCGGUUGAGAUGAGAAAUCUGGUAAUCAUGGAGCUGUGCAGUGUAUCGAUUGAUUGGAAGAUGCUAACACCUCUGAGACCUAAAACUAAAACUGAAGAAGAUUAUUUUAGCAAACUUGUAGAACUGGGCAAGCUACAAAUCAAAACCGAGCAACGGGAUAAACGUGAGAAUCAGCUAUCGUCGUCGGUACGCAAAGUGAAAAACAGAUCUGGCAUUAUCGAGUCACGCGUUUUCACUUGUCACGAGUGCCUGGAGGAGUUUUGCAAUGGGAAAGUAUGUCUGGACUUCAACUACGACCUGUACACGCGAGUGGUACCGAAAAUGCCAAUACAAAAAACAAACUCGCAACAGCAACUCACGAACUCCAAAGUGUUGGCCGAGCUUAACCAGAAAAGUAUCGACAGCGGUAGCGGUGGCAGCACAAAGAAAGGACGCCGUCUAAUCCGUCGAAAGUCAAAAGCAAAAUCAAAAUCUACCGAAGAAGACGAUGGCAAUCAAAGUGCUGGUGGGGGAGGAGGCGCUACUUCUGCCGGGAAGAAAAAAAGCAAAAAAUCACCCCGGAGCAAAAGUCCCGCGAAAUAAGUAGAGUAAUACUGUAUGCGAAAAAUCUGCACACUGUAGUCAUAUUCUUGAACCUCAUUAGUAUAAUUGUGAACGUAUCAGUAAUCUUCAUAAUGUUACCUCCUGUAGUAAGUCUGUUAAUAGAUAUUAAAAUCGAAGAGUAGUGAUUGAUAUCGUUUUCCUAUGACAUGAAA